CUCUUUUUCCUCUCUGUUACGUGAAUAACUUUUAAACUUCGAUGGUCUCAUGUAGGACCGUCCGAAGUGCGCGAAACAUCAUCUCGACCUCCAGUCCAUAUUUUUGAAAUAUUUAGAUACAUUUUUUGGGCUGAAAGCGACGUUAAUUGAAAAACACCGACCUAAAUCGAUGUCCAUUUUCUUGCCCGUUAAUUUCUAUAAAAAACGUAAACGGAACUUAGAGGCAAAAAAGACGUAACUCGAAAACAAGGAAGAAGCUGAGAUAAUUCUGCAGCCAUGGAAGAACAAGUCAAGUAUUCCAUGAUAAUUGAUCUUAAGAGCAAAAAUCUGCCAGAUGUCAUAGAAGUACCACCCACAGAUGUGAAAAAUGAGGCGGAAGUAAAUCCGGCCCCGGCUGUUGAUACUUCAGAUAGGAACAUUGUGAACUUGGGUGUUGUGAGAAGAAAUGUUCCGGACGGUCGCCAUAGUUACAAAAACCUCUUACAUGGCAGUACUGACGACAUCUUGAGAUUGCUUGAGCACCGAAUGCAAUAUCCGGAUACGGCUGUCGUCCUCAAGGAAGAGCUAUGUCUUGAAGAUGGUUAUUUGACCCAAGGGAGUUUCACUCCCGGAGGAUUUGCAACAUCCGUUGACCUUUGCCUCGACUUCAGAAGUUCUCGAAACUAUGUCAGGAAAGAAAUAAGAAGGAGCAAAUUCAAGGCAAGAGAGGUAGAACACCUCUGUCGGCUGAACAGCCCUAACAUUUCCAAAAUUUUGGGGUUCUGCGUCAAAAGUGACUGCUAUGAGAUUCUCCUGGAAUAUUGUGGCAUGGAUCUGCAUUCUGCUAUGAAAAUGGAAUGGAAUCCGAUCAUCGAUCAACACCUGGAAAGUUUCAUAACUCAGAUUGCUGAAGCAAUUUACCACUGCAACCAUCAGAAUAUCUUUCACCUUGAUAUCAAACCCCAGAAUAUUUGUGUCUACGCUUAUCAAAACGGCAUCCAACUAAAACUGACUGAUUUUGGGGCAUCAAAGAAUGCCAACAACGAAUUCUUCGGUGAAGGAGUUACACUGAUGUAUGCGGCACCUGAAAUCCACUAUGAUUGUUGCAAGAAAUUCCUGUUACAGUGUGACCGUAAUUCUGAAAAAUAUCAAGGAGUUUUGGACAUAACUCAACAUUUCUGUAGCAAGUAUCAUACAUGUUCAGUGACGGAGAAGUGUGACCUUUUCUCUGUUGGUUUGGUUUGUCUGUUCAUUAAGUGUAAAAAUGACCCAUGGAAGUUGUUGAUUAAACAAGUAGAGUACUGCAUUCCAAAAAUGUAUUCUCGUUACCCGAAUAUAAUGAAAGGCUUGGUUCAAGAUGAUUGGGGGGAUUUGGCUUCCCUAAUAAGCAGCUUAUUGACUGGAGACCCUUCAGAGAGGUGUUCUGUGAACGAAAUUUUUGUAUUUAUGAAGAAAUUGAUGGACAGCCAACAAGAAAUGGAUGUUCCGAAUGGCACCCAGGUGGUAAACGAGGUGAAUGCCGUCCAACCGAUGGAGGAUGACUCACAGAAUUUACCGAAUAUUCCGAAUAUGGAUUUACUUUUCUAGUUGCAAAAUCUUGACCCCCCCCCCAUCCUGUUCAGUUACUCUAGCUAAUUGAUUGCUUAUUAGAUGAUAGAAAUCGGUCUUCCUUUUUAUACAACAGUAAAUGGAACCUUUGUGAAGACAUACAGCAUCCCACACACUCGGUCAUUCGUAUAUCUUCCCUCUGUCUGCGAAACAAUUAAUUCAAUAAUUCAUUUUUAGUUAAGA